AUGUACUCCGUAGAAAAAAAUAUUUCGGACGAGGUGAUGAUUGUCAACUUACGUAGUGAUACUUUUACAAAGCCAAGUAAAGAAAUAAGACAAGCGAUGUUUGAUGCUGAAGUUGGUGAUGACGUCUGUGAAGAAGAUCCAACUGUUAUAAAGCUACAAAAAGUUGCUGCAGAAUUAUUAGGAAAAGAAGCAGGACUUUUUGUCCCCAUAAUGGUUCAUUGUGACCAACGUGGCUGCGAAGUUUAUCUGGGCGAAGAAUGUCAUAUAGUUCAGCAUGAGCAAGGAGCAGCAGCCCAGAUAGCCGGUGUGACAAUCUCAACAAUUCCCAACAAUUCCAAUGGCACGUUUAAUAUAAACACGAUAAAAAGUAGACUGCGCGAUUCAAAAAACGUCCAUCACCCAAUAUCAAGAAUGAUUGCUGUUGAGAAUACUCUAAAUGGUAAAAUCUUGCCGCUAGAAUGGAUAAAAGAAGUUGUGGAAUUUGGAAAGAACAACAAUUUAAAAGUACAUAUGGACGGCGCUCGUUUAUGGAACGCCGCGAUUGGUAGCAAUACUUGUGUCAAAGACAUAGUUCGAGGCUUAGACUCGGUGACAUUUUGUCUCAGCAAAGGCCUGGGUGCUCCAGUUGGCUCAGUACUAUGUGGGAGCAGCGAAUUUAUUAUCAAGGCACGUCGUUGUCGAAAGCUACUUGGUGGUGGAAUGCGCCAAGUUGGAGUUCUAGCUGCUGCUGGUUUGGUUGCCCUGGAUGGUCGCUUCAGAUUACACAAGGACCACGAGAAGGCGACUGCUAUGAUGAAGGCGAUCAAUCAAAUGAAUUCGAAGAUUAUCAACGUUAACGCUGCUAGUGUCCAGACUAACAUGGUUUUUGUUGAUGUCAAGAAUUCAGAGGCUAUUGAUGCUGAGAAAGUGGUUCAUAGACUUGGGACAGUUGUUGAUGAUCAUCCAGAUGAUCAAGUUGUUGUUAAAGCUUGGGCUGAGUGGGAAGGUUGCCUUAGAUUAGUGUUUCAUCUUGAUAUUUCUGAUGAAAUGCUCAAUGCUGCCAUUAAAAAGUUCAAGUAUGUCAUUUCUCAGUUUGAUCCUGCAAUUAUUAAUUAG